GGGGAAAAUGUCAAACUGCCACGUGGACGGGCUCGACGAAAUAUUUAAGCGGAGUCUGUCCAUGCCGAAUGCUGGAAUUGUCCACCCCAAUAUCCCAACACGAAGAGCAUUCUCCAUUCUAUCAUGUCCACCUUGGGUGAACGCACAAAGCUGGCGCUCGAAGUCUUGAGGCAGACUCUUGAGCCGACUGCAAUCCUAGAUGAGGCGACGCUCGAAUCACUACCGCAAAACACGAUUGGAGUUCCACGCUCAUGCGGACUUCUGUCGGACCUGGAGCUCGAAUUGACCGAGCAGUAUGAUGCUACAAGCCUGGUCAAAAUGUUAGCAGACGGAUCCGUGAGCUCGGAAACGCUUCUUAUGGCUUUUCGAAAGCGAGCUACUAUCGCACACCAGUGUACAAACUGUCUAACAGAACUUGUUCCGCAAGCGCUUGACGAUGCCAGGAAGUGUGAUCAAUUCCUCGCACGCACGGGAAAAACUAUCGGACCGCUUCAUGGCUUGCCGGUCUCGGUCAAGGAGCAGAUCUCGAUUGCUGGGCGCCGCACUAAUAUGGGGUUUGUCUCGCUAGUCAAUAAUGUCAGCACCGAGGAUGCCUACAUAAUCAAGUCUCUCAAAAAGCUCGGUGCUGUCGUCUUUGCGCGCACUAAUCAGCCUCAAUCUUUAAUGCAUCUGGAGACAUCGAAUAAUAUAUACGGUGCUACGGUGAACCCGAGAAACCGGGGUAUGACGGCUGGGGGUAGCACUGGAGGCGAGGGCGCGUUAAUGGCGAUGCAUGGAACUGUACUGGGCAUUGGUGGUGAUAUCGGAGGCUCGAUACGUGUUCCUGCCGCUUUGAAUGGAGUCUACGGGUUUUAUCCUACCGUUGGUCGAAUCAGUGGCGAAGGGGUAUUGGUCCCAACUCCAGGUUGUGACUCUAUUUCCGGGACACUGGGGCCUUUUGCAAGAUCUUUGAGAGACAUCGAGCUUUUCUGCAACGUGUACUGCUCGGCGAAACCUUGGAUAGACGACGCUUCUCUGAUUCCGGGAGAAAUCCUCUCGCCUGCCUUGGGACAGCCUUUAGCUCCCGGAAGGCCCCUUCGUGUUGGAAUAUUAGCUGACGAUGGUGUUGUGUCGCCCUUUCCACCGGUCCGCUAUAUUAUCGACCAAGUUAAGGAUCGCCUUAAGAAUAGCCCUUUCGUCGAACUGGUGCCAUUCGAACCGCUCGAUCACGAUGCGGCAUGGCAAAUUAUCUCCGCAAAUUAUUUCGAGGACGCCGGUGCAGAUAUCAAAGCAUUCUGCAAAGCUGGCAAUGAGCCUUUGCUUCCUCUAACGGAGUGGAUCAUCAACCAGUGCCAGGAGAACAUGUCCAUCGUCGCGCCAACAAUGCAGGGACGCAAAGCUGCCCGCGAUGCUUUUAGACAGAGAUACAACACGCACUGGAACCAAGCGGGAAUGGAUGUUCUUCUUGCCCCUGUCACGCCUAGCACUGCACCACCUCUCGGCGCAAUUCCAUAUUGGGGGUACACCGCAAUAUGGAAUCUACUUCAGUAUCCAGUCAUCGCUUUACCAGCAGCGAGCUUGGUUGAAAAUCGGGAUCAGGUUGAUUUAUCGCAUGAGGUCUAUUCACCAAGGUCAGAAAGAGAGGAACAAAUGCUGCGAGACUAUUCCCCUGCGGCUGCACAGGGUAUGCCUGUUGGUCUGCAAGUUGUAGCCAAGCGCAUGCAUGAAGCGGUUUUGUUUCAGGCUGUUUCUACUAUAGAGCGUGCGCUUUGCAUGGAGAAACCUCUCAGCCAUCUGUGAAAUAGCAUAUCGAGCAACCAUCUGGUAGUGGGUUGGGUGCUAUUCUAUUGUGCGAGCGUGUUGCGAACAGAACUACACUCCCCCGGGAAUAUGGUCUAUUGUCG